ACCCUCCCUCUCCUCCUCCUCUCGGACCUCGCUACUUCAUCGACUAGCGGCGGCUCCUCCAACUUCACCUCCGCCCUCAACCGCACCUGGAUCUCCGAGCGCUUCUACUCCGGCGGCCCGCCCACCGCCGUCGUCGCGGAGCCACCGCUUCUCCCCGCCCAAGAGGCGCCCUCCCUCCGCUUCUUCCCCCUCUCCUCCGGCAAGCGCAACUGCUACUCCCUCCCCGUCCCCUCCCCUCCCUCCCGGUUCUACCUCCGCCUCUUCACCGUCUACGACAACUACGACGCCAAGCUCCGCCCCCCGAGCUUCGACGUCUCCGUCGAGUCCACCCUCGUCUUCAGCUGGCGAUCCCCGUGGCCCGAGCCUGUCGACCGCUCCGGAGCUUACUCUGACCUGAUCGUCCCCGCGUCUGAUGGACUUGUCGAUGUUUGCUUCUACUCGAUAGCCACGGAUCCGCCAGUUGUUUCCUCUAUCGAGCUGUUCGAGGUCGAUCCCUUGGCGUAUGAUGCUUCUUCAGUUGGAUCUGAUCUAGUUCUUGUUAAUUAUGGGAGGUUAAGCUGCGGGUCGGAGCUUUUUGGACCCGGAUUCACUAUCGAUGAUGAUAGGUUUGGCCGAGUUUGGAACUCUGAUGCUGAGUUCAGAAACCCUCAUUUGAAGAUAAAAGCGCUUUCGUCUGGUGGCCGGAGAGUCCUCGGCACCGACCAUGCUCAUAAUUACUUCCCGGCGAAGCUGUAUGAGGCGGCGGUGACGACUGUUUCGAGCUCGGACUAUUUGGAGUACAUUUUGCCGGUUGAUAGUAAGCUUGAUUAUAUGCUGUGGUUUCACUUUGCGGAGAUUGAUUCAGGGGUGAAUGGUAAGGGGAAGAGGGUUUUUGAUGUGUACGUGAAUGGGAAGAAGGUUAGGAGGAUUGAUAUUUAUAAGGAGGUUGGGGGGUUUUCGGCGUUUAGAUGGCAUUAUGUUGUGAAGAACUUGACGAGCACCGAGAUGAAUGUGAAGCUUGUGCCGGUGACGGGGCCGAUUAUCAGUGGGUUGGAGAAUUAUGCCAUGGUUCCGUUGGAUUUGUCUACUGUUCCGAGUCAAGUGAAUGCAAUGAAAGCAUUGAAGGAGUCGUUGAAGGUACCGGAUAGGAUGGGAUGGAAUGGGGAUCCUUGCGCGCCUUCGAGUUGGGAUGCUUGGGAGGGGGUUACUUGCCAUAGGAGUCAGGAUGGGAAGUCUCUUGUCAUCACGCAGUUGGAUCUUGGUAGUCAAGGACUGAAAGGACAUAUCAGUGAUCAAAUUAGUCUCCUAACAAACUUGGUAAGCGUUAACUUAAGCUCCAAUUCACUGAGUGGAACACUGCCAGCAGGUUUAGGUCAAAGAUCUCUAGUGAAAUUGGAUUUGUCUACAAACCAGUUUUCUGGUAGUAUUCCCGACAGCUUAGACUCAUCCAAACUCCAACUUGUGUUGUUGAAUAAUAACGAAUUGGAUGGACAAGUUCCCGAUAAACUUUACACAAUUGGCGUACAUGGCGGAGUUAUAGAUCUUUCAGGUAAUAAAGGCUUGUGUGGUGUACCAACUCUGCCACCAUGUCCCUUUUUCUGGAGCAAAGGGUUAUCCACAGGUGUAAAAAUUGCUAUAGGCCUUGCAUGCGCUGUUGUUCUCGCAUUGAUUGUCCUGUUAAUUUAUAUACUCUGCAUUAGAAGAGGAAAAAAUGACUAUGAUUUCGGACUCCCGCAAGACUUAAUAUCCAUUGCUGCUAAAAGAAACCGGUAUCAGAGACAGAAAUCAUUGAUGCUUUUAGAGAUGGAAUCUUCAGAAGGGUAUACACCAACCCUGAAUUAGUUAUCCGUGAGAGCAAAAGAUGAUGAAGCAGUAUCAAACCAAUGCUCGGUUUUUGAAUGAGUGGCGAGGUUCCACUGCAGAAGUUGUGCUUAUUUUUUCAACUGAU